UCAUACUCCCGUUCCUCUUCCAAAGCUCCCGGCGGCGGCGGCUCGCAACCUCAUCCCGCCUCCACCAUCGCCACAUGGCCGCCGCCGCGUCAGCAAACCCCGGCACAGCGUACAAGCUCCUCCUCUCCUGCCCUGAAGGCCUCCCUCGAUCGAAGGUUUCUGUGAGGUUUGAUCCGUCCAUCGACCGGAUUCCCCACCCGGACGCAUCCCUGGAAGAAUCUAUAGGCGAGAUAUGGAAUCAAAGGCUCCAGCAGAACCCAUCGCUGUACAACGGUACGAAAUUUCGGUAUGGAGGGCAUGCCUUGCACCGCAGUGAUGAAUCAAAUCAGGAGUACUGUGUCUCACUUCAUUUGGGACUCACAGAUUAUAGGACAUUUGUUGGAACAAACCUCAGUCCACUGUGGGAGAAGUUUUUGGUCCCCUGUGAAGAUGACUCUGUGUGUUGCCAACACAUGUCAAAUCCACUGGGAAAUGGUGCAAUCGUUGAAACAUCUGAUGAAAAAAUUAUUGUAUUGCAAAGGAGCAACAAUGUCGGCGAGUCUCCUGGACACUAUGUUUUUCCUGGAGGACAUUCUGAGCCACAAGAAGUUGGAAUCUUGGCUCAUCAAAAUGACGAAAAAGAUGUUGCUGGUCUCACUGAAAGAAUUUCUGAUGAAAUGUUUGACGGGAUCAUCCGUGAAGUAGUUGAGGAAACUGGAGUUCCUGCUAGUUCACUGACAGAACCCAUUCUCAUUGGAGUUCCUCGACGAGAAACGAAUGUUAGGCCAGCAGCAUUCUUUUAUAUGAGAUGUAACAUUGAUUCCAGCGCCAUAACUGAGCUUUAUGCUAGAGCUCAAGAUGGUUAUGAAUCCACUAAGCUCUAUGCAGUAUCGCUGAAAGACUUACGAGAUAUGAGUCAGCGGUUGCCUGGUUGCCACCUAGGGGGUUUUGCUCUAUAUGAACUUAUGAGGAACGCUUCGGAAAGUUCGCGAACGAACCAAACCGAUGUAAGUGUGCACUUAGGUCUCAGUUUUAAUCCAAACUACACCGAUGCUUAUUUUGUGAGAUAUCUCUGCAUGAUUGCUUAAAUCGUUUCUAUAGAAUAGUCAUGGAGCCUUGCGGCCUCUGAACAAUCUUGUCCUACUGCUAGAUGCCAAGCAGUAUCAUAGUUUGUUUCGCAGGUGAAAUUCAUGUAAUCCUUCUCAUUGUGCCAAACUGAUCUUUCUUCUG